AUGUCAAAUUCACGUGCAGGAUAUCGUUCCCCAGAACACAUUCCCCUUCUAGAUCCAGUGGACCAUAUCGUAGAGAUGUCCGGUCAGCCCGCUUAUCCAUUCCCAGAGGAACCUGUCGGAGACCUCGAGGCUCACGAUAAAAUUCAACAUGUACAGAAAUCAACUUGGAAAGGUAGAAUAUGGGAUACCUUUGAUAGACCUCCUCUUGAAAGGAAGUUGUUGUUCAAGGUAGAUGCGGUGAUCCUGACGUUUGCAUCUAUUAAAAACCUCGAUCAACAAAAUACGAAUACGGCUUUCUUAUCAGGGAUGAAAGAAGACCUCAACAUGUAUGGCAACGAGCUGGUUACUUCCACCUCUAUUUGGACGGUUGGUUAUGUAAUCGGUCAAAUCCCUGCCAAUUUGCUUUUGACGAGAAUCGAGCCUCGAUGGGUCAUACCAACUUUGGAACUAGGCUGGGGGAUUGCCACUCUCGGGUCUUACGCUGUAAAAUCUUACAAGUCUCUUUAUGCUCUACGUUUCCUUGUCGGUCUGUUUGAAUCUGGUUUCUACCCCGGUAUCCACUAUCUCCUGGGUUCAUGGUACACUCCCGCUGAGAUUGGUAAGCGAGCCAUGAUCUUUUGGCUUGCUGGUUCGUUGGGCCAAAUGUUUUCAGGCUUCUUGCAAUCGGCGGCCUACAACAACUUAUCCGGUAUUCAUGGAAUAGCUGGGUGGAGAUGGCUUUUCAUCAUUGAUGCCAUAAUCACUCUGCCUAUUGCUGUUUUCGGUUUCUUCUUUUUCCCACCACUCCCACUCCAAGAUAGAAAGUCGUGGUGGCUCACCGAAGAUGAGUUUGAACUUGCUCGAACUAGGCUACAAAAGAUUGGAAGAGCAGGAAAGGAGCCCUGGUCUUGGAGAAAGCUCAAGAAAUUGUUCCUUAGUUGGCACACAUACUUCCUCCCUCUGUUAUAUGUGAUCUGGAAUAACCAAUGGCCUCAACCAGCGAUCGGAUACUGGCUCAAAUCGUUCAAUAGUAAGACAAAUCCACCAGUACCGGGCAAGACCUAUACCGUUAGUCAGAUCAACUUGCUGCCUUUACCACAAACCGCCAUCUUUGUUGUCUGUGCAGCAUCAUUCGCCUGGUUGUCUGAUGGUGUCUUCAGGGGAAGAAGAUGGCCAUUCGUUUAUAUCGGAGCUGUGUAUUCACUCAUCAUCGCCGCAAUUAUGCGAACUUACCCACUGUACAAGAACAUCAACACCACCUUCGCUUUGUAUUACAUCAGUCAAAUUGGUCAAGGAGCGGGACCACUGAUAUUGACGUUCAUCAAUGAGCUUUGUUCUGAUGAUACAGAGAAAAGAGCUUUGCUCGUGGCUGCAGCCAAUGACCUUGCUUAUGUAGUUCAGGCUGUAGCACCAAAUUUCGUAUGGAAAACUACCGACUUCCCUCGAGCUAAAAAGGGCUGGACCUGGUCCUUGGUCUUGAACAUCCUACUGAUCGUCUGGAUGACUGCUAUCCUACUCCUCAUACGUCGUGAUCACAAGAAGAGGCGACAAGAGGAGAGCGACGGGAGCUCUCAAGGGGACCUUCACGAAAGAUACGACGGUAAAGGUCUUGACAGUGUAGAUGAAAGUCAACCUGCUACCCCCGGUUUGACUUUUGAGAACAACAGGACGACUGUUCUGCAUUAG